UAUUAGGACAUUGCCAUAUCCUUUAUAUGUGGCCAGUGAGCUGUGUUAAUCUGGCAAGAAAGCUAGAAAGGUCAAUAUACUUUCUUAUUAGGCUACACAGCUUAUGUCUUUCAUCCAGAAAGAACCAACUUCUUCUCAUAUAAAUCAUUACUUCAAGAACCAAGCUGAAUUAUGUUCCGGCUACUGAGCUCCUGCUGGGCUUGGCUAAAGACACCUGGAGAGACACGAAGGAAUGUAACUGUCAUUAUCAUCGGCUUGGACAACUCAGGCAAGACUGUCCUUGUGCAAGCCUUCCAACGAUUACUUCCAAGCAGGAUUGGCAGCUGUCUGAAGUCAGAAUUGACUACACUCCUAUUAGAUGAGUAUGAAGUUUCCAUCUACGACCUAAGUGGAGACAUGAAGGGCCGAGAAGCAUGGCCAAACUACUAUGCACGUGCACAGGGGCUGGUUUUUGUCCUGGAUUCCAGCGACUUAGGACGCAUGCAGGAAGCGAAGACCAUCUUAACCCGUCUGCUCUCUGAUAAAAGAGUGGCAGGGAAACCCAUUUUACUCCUGGCAAACAAACAAGACAAGAAGGAUGCCCUUUUGCCUUGCGAUAUCAUAAAGAAUCUGCUCCUGGAAAGGCUAGUGAAUGAGACCAAGUCCCUGUGCCGGGUGGAGCCAUGUUCAGUCAUCAAAAAUCUCCAAAGGAAGAGCCAUCAGCCCAUAAUUGAAGGGCUGCGCUGGCUGUUAGCUGCCACGGGGGACAAAAACGAAGAGCGGUGUAUUCCCCAUCAGCCGCAUACAUCAAGCAUCCUUAUCUCCAAGAGCACUAGACGCUCUGGAGAUAGAUGCUCAUCAGAAAGCUUCUCUACCAGAGUGGGGUUAUCCAAAGAAAAACGACAGCACUUACCACACUCGGCAGAAGCUAGGCCCCUCAAACCAAUCCUCCAGAAAGAAGGCUUCCGAUUAAGACCUAAGAAGAAUAUCUCAGUAACAUUCGCUCUGGAUGAACCCAUGGAGAAAGGUGAAUACUCUGGGGGAAAAAGAACUAUGAAUGCUACCAAACACCACUUCAGUCCAAGUGAUGAUUUAAAGACUCCAUCACCAAGCCUUUCUGAUGACUUAUUUGAAGCAGCUACCCCUGCAUCUUCGUCUAACACUGCAGUGUCUUCAUUUGCAUCAUCUCACAACCUAUGGCAAACAGGAAAAGGAGUACCCGGGACACAGGGGAGAGGCUCCUGGAAAGUCACCGCGGAGGAGCCUAUGAUCUCUGUGGCUUUUAACAGCCCACAAAAGAACGGAGGGAAAUGAAAAGAAACAUCUAAUUUUCCUCCCGCAGCAAAUUAGUUCACUUCCAACACCAUCGGGACCUACUCAGUCUUCUCCCUUUCUGUUUGAUAUACUUCUCUCCAAGUCACUAAGAUCACUUUCUUGGAACCUAUUCUUAUUCCUAGAUCUCUAUAUUCCAGCCAGCAUAGCAAUCCUGCACCCCCCACCACUCCCCGCCCCAAGACACUCAAGAAACGUUUCGUGGCUUCCAUUUGUGAACGUAGGCCACCUUGGCAAAGAAGAGCAAGGGACUUUAACAUCUUCAUACCCAAACACACCUGCCACGGGCGACCAACCAAAAUGAACCCUUAGAAUGACAGGAUUGCUUCUGAUGUAACAUCUUUAUACUUUAAGGUGCUUGAGUGUAAAAUGGCUGGUAAAAAAUAAAUGGAACUUCUUUGCUGACAA